AUGGCGGACGACGACUCCCAUCUCUCUCUAUCAACCCCGAACUCGAACUCAGCCCUCGGUUCAUCCACCUCACACUUCUACCCCUUCGCAACCUCACCAGAUAUCAUCCGCUCGCAUGAAAAGGAUGCAUUUCUUACAGGCAGCCUGAUUCAACAAUCGCAAGGCAUCGUCCGGGCUCUCCGCGGCGCCCGAUACGCCCACACCCAUUCCGACGCCAUAAAACAUCUCACAGAACUCCUCUACUUCUCCCUAACAACCGCCAUCGGCAACCGCACCCUAGGCGAAGAAUACUGCGACCUCGUACAACUAGAAGAUGACACCCUCCAAUUACCAUCAAUCGGCCGUCGCGUCGGGUACAUCUUAAGUAGCAUCCUAGUACCAUGGGCACUGCAGCGACUACUACCCGCGCUACGACAGAGAAUCCGCAACAAGCUCGAACGCAACAUUGCACGCCAGCAGUUACGAGCGGCGCAGCAGGCUGGCCUGCUCAACAAGCCGCAGUUCUCAACAACCCCGACUAAACGGCCGUUGUUUACGAAACUGCGCAUCCAGCAGUAUAUCCUUGAACACCUGGACUCCAUCACAUCGUUGUCGCCUAUUUAUGCACUGAGCAUUGCAACUUUCUAUUUCACCGGCUCGUACUACCAUCUCUCCAAGCGACUUUGGAGUCUGCGUUACGUUUUCACAAAGAAGAUCGAGGACAAUGAGCAGCGCAUCGGAUAUGAGGUUCUGGGCGUGGGAUUCCUGCACGCUCGCAAACUUGCCGCGAGCAUGAACGAAGAUGAGAGCUUGUCUGCGGAUGCUAGCCAGUCUCCUGGGCAGGGUGGGGCUGUUCUCACUUCAAUUCAAAACCCGUCUUCCAUCCCGCUUCUUCCUGCGUCGGUGCCUCUGUAUGAUCUCGAGGAGGAUCCUGGUGCUGUCUCGUGGAUCCCCGAGGGUCAGCAGCGGAAGUGUACUUUGUGCCUGGAAAUGUUCAAGGACCCUAGUGUAACGACCUGUGGACAUGUGUUUUGCUGGAUUUGUGUUCGGGACUGGGUUCGUGAAAAGCCCGAGUGCCCGCUCUGCCGACAGGAGGUCUUACUGUCUAAGGUGCUUCCUCUGAGAGGGUAG